UUCUGGCUGGAAACUUCAGCAGAGAAAUUCAUUUGCACCACGCCUCAUUGAAUCUUCUACAUCAAGCGACAUCAUGUUGAACAAGAACAUUCUGCUGCUGGCUCUUCAGAUAAGUCUCCUAGGAACCACUCUUGGUGGGAAUGUUUUGGUUUGGCCAAUGGAAGGUAGUCACUGGCUAAAUGUUAAGAUAAUUAUAGAUGAGCUAAUUAAAAAAGAGCAUAAUGUGACUGUCCUAGUUUCUUCUGGUGCACUUUUCAUCACGCCGACCUCUAACCCAUCUCUGAUAUUUGAAAUAUAUAAGGUGCCCUUUGGCAAAGAAAGAAUAGAAGGAUUGAUCAAGGACUUUGUUUUGACAUGGAUGGAAAAUAGACCAUCUCCUUUAACCAUUUGGAGAUUCUAUCAGGAGAUGGCCAAAGUCAUCAAGGACUUCCAUAUGGUGGCUAGAGAAGUCUGUGAUGGUGUUCUCGAAAACCAAAAUCUAAUGGAAAAGCUGAAGAAAAGCAAAUUUGAGGUCUUGGUAUCAGAUCCAGUAUUUCCUUGUGGUGAUAUAAUAGCUUUAAAACUGGGAAUUCCAUUUAUAUACUCCUUGAGGUUUUCUCCAGCCUCAACAGUGGAAAAACACUGUGGGAAGGUACCAUACCCUCCUUCCUAUGUUCCUGCUAUUUUAUCAGAACUUACUGACCAGAUGUCUUUCACUGACAGAAUAAGAAAUUUCAUUUCCUACCAUCUACAGGACUACAUGUUUAAUACGCUUUGGAAAUCAUGGGAUUCCUACUAUAGUAAAGCUCUGGAUGAUAGCCAUUGGUUAAACAUUAAGAUCAUUUUAGAAGAGUUGAAUCAAAGAAAUCACAAUGUGACUGUACAGGCUUCAUCAGCGACUCUAUUCGUCAACUCCAUUGAUGAUUCUCUUGUGAAUUUUGAGGUGAUAUCUGUUUCCUACAAGAAAAGCAACAUCGACUCCUUAAUUGAACAUCUGAUAAUGCUGUGGAUAGAUUACAGAACAACUCCUCUCACACUCUGGACUGUCCACAAAGAACUAGGAAAACUCCUACAUACUUUUUUUUGAAUUAAUAUACAAAUCUGUGAUGGAGUAUUAAAGAACCCCAAGUUAAUGGCAAGACUUCAGAAAGGAGGCUUUGAUGUGCUGCUAGCCGACCCAGUAACAAGCUGUGGAGCUGUUGCUCUGAAAUCAGGAAUUCCAUUUAUGUACACGUCGAGGUUCUCUCCAGCCUCAGCAGUGGAGAGACACUGUGGAAAAAUCCCAGCACCUGCCUCCUAUGUACCUGCAGCACUUUCAGAGCUCACUGACCAGAUGACCUUUGGUAAAAGGGUUAAAAAUACCACAUCUUAUCCUCUGCAAGACUAUAUAUUUCAGUCCUACUGGGGAGAAUGGAAUUCAUACUACAGCAAAAUCCUAGGAAGACCCACUACGUUAUGUGAGACUAUGGGGAAAGCGGAAAUUUGGCUAAUCAGGACAUAUUGGGAUUUUGAAUUUCCUCGUCCAUACUUACCUAAUUUUGAGUUUGUAGGAGGAUUGCAUUGUAAACCUGCCAAACCAUUACCUAAGGAAAUGGAAGAAUUUGUCCAAAGUUCAGGCGAAGAUGGUAUUGUGGUGUUUUCUCUGGGGUCAAUGGUCAAAAACCUCACAGAAGAAAAAGCCAAUCUCAUUGCCUCAGCCCUUGCCCAGAUUCCACAGAAGGUUUUAUGGAGAUACAAAGGAAAGAAACCGGCCACAUUAGGAGCCAAUACUCGGCUCUAUGACUGGAUACCACAGAAUGAUCUUCUUGGUCAUCCCAAAGCAAAAGGUUUUAUCACUCAUGGUGGAACCAAUGGGAUCUAUGAAGCUAUCUAUCAUGGGGUGCCUAUGGUGGGAGUUCCCAUGUUUGCUGAUCAGCCUGACAACAUUGCUCACAUGAAGGCCAAAGGAGCGGCUGUGGAGGUGAACAUAAACACAAUGACAAGAGCAGAUUUGCUCAACGCCUUGAGAACAGUCAUUAAUGAACCUUCUUAUAAAGAGAAUGCUAUGAGGUUAUCAAGGAUUCACCAUGAUCAGCCUGUAAAGCCCCUGGACCGAGCAGUCUUCUGGAUCGAGUUUGUCAUGCGCCACAAAGGAGCCAAGCACCUGAGGCCAGCUGCCCAUGACCUCACCUGGUUCCAGUACCACUCUUUGGAUGUGAUUGGGUUCUUGCUGGCCUGUGUGGCAACUGCUGUAUUCUUGGUCACAAAAUGUUGUUUGUUUUCUUGUCUAAAAUUUGUUAAAACAGGAAAGAAGAAAAAGAGAGAAUAG